AUGCGCUCCCUUUCUCUUAUGGCCCCCCUGGCCGGUGUGGCCCUUGCUGCCCGUGCAACUUACGAUGUCGUUGACACCGGCUACGAAAAGUACCUGAGUGAGAACAACUGGAACCAGGGAACCCUCCCAGACCUCAAGACAAUCCAGUGUCUUGAUGAUCUGGAGCUUGCUGCCAAGCAGGGUAUGACUCCGGGCAACUGGAGCCAUCACAGAAUGGCCGCUGGCCAGGAAUGGGGUCUGAAGAACAACCUGGAAAUCUGGGACGAGGUCAAGUUCCGCCCUCGCUUUUUCCGUGACACCAACAAGCUGCAGGACAACCUUGGAAUUGAACUUUUCGGUUAUAACUUCAGCGUGCCCUUCUUCAUCUCCCCUGCUGGCUCAGCUAUCAAGUCGAACGCCCAGGUGGCUGAACUGGACCUCGUGAGGGCAGCUGGUGAUGAGAACUUCCUUUACAUUCCUUCUAUGUACACUAGCAAGAGCAAGGAGGAUAUUGCGAGUGUCAGACGCAACAACACUCUCAACGGCCAACAGGUUCUGUUCCAGCAGAUUUAUACCAAGACCAACAUCUCUGAGACAUAUGCCGAUCUGCAGAAGGCUGAAAAAUUGGGCUUCAAGGCUAUCGUUGUCACUGUUGACUCUCCCGGUGAUGGUGUAAACCUCCGUACCUGGCGUUACUCUGAUGAGGAAUACUUCACUUCUAACUUCCGUCCCAACAACUGGGAGGUCUUUCAGUCAUUCCGUAACUACACCAGUCUGCCUAUCAUCGCCAAGGGAAUCUCUACUGUCGAGCAAGCCCUAGAGGCUGUUGAACAUGGCCUUGACGGUAUCUAUCUCUCGAACCACGGUGGUCGCCAGCUUGAGCAUGCCAACGCGCCCCUUGAGGUGGCCUAUGAGAUCUACCGCAACGCGCCCGAGAUUUUCGAGAAGGUCACUGUCAUUGCUGACAGCGGUGUCCGUUCCGGUUCUGAUGUGCUCAAGCUGAUGGCUCUCGGUGUCAAGGCUGUUGGCGUGGGACGACCUUUCUACUACUCCAAUGUGUAUGGAUAUGACGGAAUCGUCCGAGCUGCGACACUACUGAAGAACGAAAUCAUCUAUGACGGUUGGAAUGUUGGUAUCAACUCCUUGUCUGACCUUGACCCAAGCAUUCUUGACUUGAACAAGCUGGCCACACAUGUUCACCUUAUCGAGAAGAACUAG